AUGUUUCAUUUUGAGGAUGCAAUGUACCGGCUUGCUACAUUUUGGCUCAAGACUUGGCUAGAGCCAAACUGGCAAGCUGGAACAUUUCUUUUCUCCCAGGGAAGUGAUCCCUGUGUCGGAAUGGAUGAUGAGCCUACAGUCAUUCACACAAAUUUGCCGACCUUGGCUCCCGCGAACUGGUUGGACUUCCGCGCCUACAUGUCUGAUCUGGCACGUCAGGGCCGUCAGGAUGAGUUGUGGUCCAUCUGGAGUCGGGUUGCUGAGAUUACACACCUACCGGCACCCUCCCCUUCGAUUACAGACUUUGACUUCUUGGGUUCCAAGGUUCCGGUGCGCCGGAUUGUCUGUACCCAGGCUGGGUGUGAUCGAUGCGGGCGAGCCAGAGGUGGUUACCAAUUCCCCUUCCUUGGCCCCUGGUCCAAGAGUGCAGCCAUCGUGGAGGAGCCUGAGUUGGGGCCAGCGGUGGCCUUUGCCGCCUACGAUCGUUGCCGAGAAGUUCUUGCAGAGGACAGGCUGUGGGAUGCUAGCUCGGGCUUGGAGCUGCAGGAUAUGCUCACUGCUACAUUUGCGCGCGUGCUCUAUCAGGCCGAGAUCAACGACCUCCACGGCGCAGCCCAUCCCUCUGUGGACGAUGUGUUUCGGGCUUGGCGAACCUGGCAGCAGGGACAACGGGCCUGGCGCGAUCCACUCUUACUCCCAGAGCCCACGCCCAACCAGGCACGGGCCAAUGAAGUGCACAGAGCCCAUCGGUCUAUGCUGCUUUGGCUACGAUGGGCGGCAGACCCCGCGGGCCGGUCUAUGCCUGCGGUCUGUGUGGACUGCGGGGGCUCAGGGGAUUUCGUGCACCAGAUCUUGCAGUCAGCAAUGUGCCGUGAUUGCUUGCAGGCACGGGUGGCCAUGGCGUCACGGCCCCUGUCCGACAGUGGCUCUGGGAGUGAGAGCGACUGA